UUAGAAAUUUAUCAACAAUAUCAAAACAAGACAUGGACAUGGACAUGAGAAGAAGACGAAGUGAUUUAGAUUCUGAGAAUUUUAGCUCAACGUUGAAUAUGCGUUUAAAAUCCCAGUUAUUUAAAGAAAAGUUUAGUUUCGAAAUUGUUGGAAAACAACAACUAUUAGAUAGUGAAGAGGGCAUAUUGAAAUAUCCAAACAUAAAAUCUCGCUCGAGAAUGAAACCGUUAUUAGUGUGGGUAGUUACUCUGGGUGUUUUCUCAACUGCUCUUCUUAGAUCAGCCAUUCCAAUAUAUUUGAAUGUAGCAGAUGAAAAGUUUCUUGAAUUAAAAAAAUGUCCUGCUUGCUAUGGAGUUAUGUUAUGUCCCGCUUUCUUGAUGGGUGAUAUUGUGCCAGAAACUUGGUCUAGAUUUAAAGCAGCUCAAUUGCUUAAUACAAAGAAUGUUUAUUUUGCUACCUUCAAGGAUAAACAUGUUGUUCUGAAAAAGCUUGGACAUGAUCCUCAGCUUGAACAGCUUGAUCACCACAUUCUACAACAAUCUGUAGGACUUCUAAAUAAUCCUAUUCAACAAGUCAGUGUGUCAGCAGCUGUACGCCCCUACACCCAGCAAAAUGUGUGGCUUGAUUGUGUUAAGGAUUUCGAAGGGAAUGGCAGCACUCUUGUUCACCGUUUACGAGUUUUUGAUCCUUCCUCCCAAGAUAUUAGUAGUAAUGAUUUGCAGCCUUCUAUUGGUCGUUUUAGAGGAAGUGACAUGCUCAUGUGCCCAUCUCAACGUAAACUGAAUUACAUCGAAAAUGAAUUCGUUAAGAAUAAUUUUGGGCUUUACAGACUAACAUGUCUGUAUAACCUAAUGACAUUAUUAUUACUUAAUUCGGAGCCGUUAAUUUUUCAAACGUUUCCGGCCAAGGAAGGAUGGCCUUUUCCUAUCUACUAUGGGGCGUGCGGUCGAGUAGUAGUAGAAGAAUAUGUCGGGCCAAACCUAGCACAGUGGCUUCCCCAGGCCUCCUGGAAAGAACGAAUUAAUGCUGCUUUGCAACUGCUUAUCAUCGCUGAUAAAUUCACUAAUGGAGCUGCUGAUUUUAGACUGUAUCUCACCGACCUUAGCCUAUUUAAUACUGCUGUGGGCUCUGAUGGAACUCUGAAGAUCGUAGACGGUGAAAAUAUUGUGAUGGUUGAUUUAGAAAAAAUUCGAACAGACCGACCCGAAAAUUUUGAUGUACCUUAUGCGAGUGAUAAUGCCGGUUGUGAACAUCUGCCUUCCGAUCCACAUUGUAUGAGCUACAGCGAGCAAGAUAUGUGCAAUCGGCUUCAUAACGACCAUAAUUUCUUUGCUGUCUGUCGAGAACUGUUCUCACCAUUGGACAGUUUUGGAUUGGCAAAUGGUUUACCUGAAAAGAUUUUGAAACGUUUCCCUCUUAUCCCAGUGUAUCAAACUGAUUGCUAUUCCUCUACAAUUCCUGGAGUGAGGAAGAGUGCGGCUGAAAAUCUCAUUUCGAUUUACCAAGAAAUUUUGGCGGAUAUGUAAUUUCUGGGGAUAUGCGUGAUCUCGAACUACUACCUCAAUAACGUCUAUCUUAGUUCUUUCUUUACUAUCAAAGUUCCGUACAUUACAUUUUACUGUUUAUUCAUAAAA